AUGAAGCUCGACGGCGAGCUGUGGGCAGGCAGGUGCCGGUUCGCUGCGGUCGGGUCGCUGAUGGGCUCGUCAUCCCUCGAGGGCGGCCGCUGGUACGAGACCGCGUGGCGCAGCCUGACCUUCGUCGUCUUCGAUGCGCCACAUGCCGGUGGCACCUACCUGCAGCGGCUGGAGAAGGCGCGCGCCCGGAUCGCCGCUAUGGGGCCGCCGGACGGGCGCAUUGUCGUUGCGUCGGUGAUGGAGGUGGCGGACGCGGCGGCCAAGGACGCGCUGCUGCAGCGCGUGGUUGCCCGCGGCGGCGAGGGGCUCGUGCUGCGGCGCAAUGAGGCCAGGUGGCACCGCAACGUGCUCAAGGUAAAGCAGUGGCUCGACGCCGAGGCUGUGGUCGUGGGCCACAAGAAUGCGCCCUCCACCGCCAACCUGCCGACCGUGAAGGUGCAGGCGAUCAACGCGCCGAACGCCGACCCGUCCACCACGUUCGAUCUGUCGACGCGGCUUUAUCAGCUGCGUCUCGUGUAG